AUGCCGUCACCGGAGUAUCUUCAAUCAGAAGUGGUUCGAUUGCGACAACAGUUACAACUGUCCCGAGAGGAUGCGGCUCGUGCGGCCAAUCGCCUCAGUCAACAGGAGGCGGAAUUAGCUCAUUUGCGACAGCUGUUGGAACAGAUACGAACCAAACCGUCGGGGUCAAUUGUUCCGGCUCAGCACACGAGCACCAGAAAGUCGUCUAUGCUUAAUUCUACCAGUCGAGCCAGAACCGAGGCCUCGUUACACGGGGUGAACAGUAAUGGUGUGACCAGUACAACUCGUCUCCUGGCACAAAAUCGAAAACCCGCCAGCGAUUCGCAGCUGGUCAGAACCUCAGGCCCCUCAGCCGCGGUGACUACGACGGCUACGACCACAUUCGAGGAAUUGGAUGAUGCAAUGGCAAAGUUGGAACGGGAGCAAAACGAACUGAUGCGUGAACAGGCUCGUAUUCGUGCCCGUUUGGCCGCCAGCCGCCCGAACACAGCAGUCUCGGCUGCACAGUCCAACGCACAUCUCAAUUCCAACCCGAAAUCGGCCAGUGCUGCCGCCCUUUCCGUCCGAAGUCCGAAAUUAUCCUCCGUCAAAUCAAAUCCCUCCGCCACAAACCAUGCGCUCGGACUUGGGGUUACACGAUCAUCUGGCUUAGAUCCGUCCAGUGCUGUGAGCAAUGUUGUGCCAUAUGGACCCCGGGUCCGUCACGGACCACCGCCAAAACCGCGGGAUGCGAACUCUCCACGCUAUGCAUACUAG